AACUCUGCGGAGAGAUUCCAUCGGAUUUCUAAGGAAGUGAUGAGGGAAUCGGGCACGCCACUCCCCCGGGACCUUCCGUUGCGCGUGGGAUAGCAUGGAUUGCCACAGCGGGACUAGCGGCCUCUUUCACCGAGCGGCGUCUCUUGCCGGACAAUGACCCUCACUCCAACUUGUCUCCCCUCACAAGAUCGUGUCUCUCACCACCACCACCACCACUACUGCCUAUCUAUUUGAUCUUCAGAACCCGAAGGAAGCGAUCUACGUAAAUAUCUUCAACUACUCUGCUUCACCACUUGGGAUCUGUGUAUAUUCAUUUGUACCCCUUGAUUUCUGUGGCUACUCCCCGCCCGCCACCCCUGCCUCUCCGUCGCUCACCAUGGUGGAACGCAUCUUGAUGAACGAGUACAAGUCGUUGUCGCAAGAGCCAUGGGUUAAUAUCGAAAUCGAUGAACAGAACAUUCUCAACUGGAACGUGGGCCUGAUCGUCCUCAACCCAGACUCGCUCUACUAUGGCGGAUACUUCAAGGCCUCAAUGAAGUUUCCGAGCAACUACCCUUAUUCCCCUCCAGAGUUCCGAUUCCUUCGUCCCCUCUAUCAUCCGAACAUCUACAAAGACGGAAAAUUGUGCAUCUCCAUCCUCCAUGCGCCCGGCGAGGACGAAAUGUCGGGCGAACUAGCCUCGGAGCGGUGGUCCCCGGCCCAGCGAGUCGAAUCCGUCCUCAUAUCUAUCCUCUCGCUACUCGACGACGCAGAGAUCUCCUCGCCCGCCAACGUGGACGCCUCGGUGAUGCUCCGCAAGAACCCCGAGCAUUACAAGUCGAUCGUCCGUCAGCACGUGGAAGAUUCGAAGAAGGACAUUCCCGAGGGGUUUGUCAUGCCCACCCACCACACGACCUCGACGGCCAGGGCCAUCGAGAAGGACGACUCCGACUUCUGGGCGGAGAGCGAUGUCGACGACGACGUGUUCGGAGGCAGCGACUCCGACGAGGAUCUGGAUGUGGAUGAUGAGGACCAGGAGACGGGCAGUGAGGAGGAAGACGAGCCAGUCAACAAGUCUUGA